AUGGCUUCCAAGACUAAGACCGAUAUCCACCUGUACACCCUUGGCACGCCCAACGGUAUCAAGGUCUCCAUCCUGUUGGAGGAGCUCAACCUGGAGUACAAGACCACCACCAUUGACAUCUCCAAGAACACCCAGAAGGAGCCCUGGUUCCUGGAGAUCAACCCCAAUGGACGUAUCCCGGCCAUUACGGAUACUUUCGAGGAUGGCAAGCAGAUCCGCCUGUUCGAGAGCGGCAGCAUCAUGCAGUACCUCGUCGACCGCUACGACAAGGACCAUAAGGUCUCUUACCCGUACGGCUCCCGCGAGUACUGGGAGGUGAACAACUGGCUGCACUGGCAGAUGGGUGGUCUGGGUCCCAUGCAGGGACAGGCCAACCACUUCAAGCGCUACGCACCCGAGAAGAUCCAGUACGGCAUCGACCGCUACACCAACGAGACCCGCCGCCUGUACCGCACCAUGGACACCCAGCUCAAGGCCAACCCGCACGGCUACCUCGUCGGCGACCGCGUGACGAUCGCCGACAUGGCGUGCUGGGGCUGGGUCGCGGCGUCCAAGUGGGCCGGCGUCGACCUCGAGGAGUUCCCGGCGCUGAAGGCGUGGCUGUGGAAGCUGGUCGAGCGUCCCGGCUUCGAGGCCGGCCGCAACGUGCCGUCGCCUCACACGGCGCUUGAGCACCACACGAAGACUGAGGAGGAGCUGGAUGCGCAGGCCAAGGGUGCCUCGGCGUGGAUCCUUAAGGGCAUGAAGGAGGAUGCUGCGAAGAAAUAA